GCGCCAUUCUCACUGAGAAGUGAAUGAGACGAGACGCUUCAGUGAGUUAAUCAGAGCUGACACCAGUUGUGUUUGUGAGAUGAUGGUCGAAGUUCUGCAGUAAGAUGUAGAAUCCAGACGAGGAGGAGGAAGAGAGACAGAAAGAGGAAGGAACUCGCGUCUGAACGACACACUCAGAAGAAGAGAGAGAGAGAGAGAGAGACAGCUUCUCCAGCCAUACGACACACCCACAGCUCCCUGUGACCUUCGACCUCAGCUGCGCACCAUGUGUCACGUGAUCGUGACGUGCCGUUCGAUGCUGUGGACGCUGCUCAGCAUCGUGGCGGCGUUCAGCGAGCUCAUCGCCUUCAUGAGCACCGACUGGCUGCUGGGCUUCCCGCGGACGCCAGACGCCGUCUUCUCUCCGCACGGGGAAACGUACCGACCCACGCUGGGCAUCUACGGCCGCUGCAUCCGUCUGCCUCACCUGCGGCGCGGCGUUCUGUGCGGCCCGUACGCCGUGCACUUCACUGAGAUCGCCAGCGGGUUCUGGCAGGCCACCUCCAUCUUCCUCGCCGCCGCGAUCCUGCUGCUGAGCGCCGUGGCCUUCAUCUCCGUCUUCACCAUGUGCUUCCAGAGCAUCAUGAAGAAAAGCAUCUUCAACGUGUGCGGACUCCUGCAGGCCAUCGCUGGUCUGUUCCUGAUCCUGGGUCUGAUACUGUAUCCCGCCGGCUGGGGUUCAGAUAAAGUGCAGGGUUACUGCGGCCCCGACGCCUCGGCCUAUCAGCUGGGCCUGUGCUCCAUGGGCUGGGCCUUCUACACCGCGCUGGGCGGCACCGUCCUCACCUUCAUCUGCGCCGUGUUCUCCGCGCAGGCCGAGAUCGCCACGUCCAGCGAUAAAGUGCAGGAGGAGAUCGAGGAGGGCAAGAGCCUGAUCUGUCUGCUGUGAGACCUCUGUGUCUGCGUCUCAUCAUCUGAUGUGUGUCCGUCUGAUGUAAAUAUAUGAGUGUAAAUAAUGUAAAUAUGAUCGUGAAGGAUCGUGGGUUCCAGUAGCCCAGAAACCACUUGAUCUCGUGUGUGAGGAGAUGAACGUGAGCAUGUGCCAAAAUCACUGAUGCCUUGAGCCGCCCAACCAGUCCUGAGACCCACAGAACCAGAGACAAGAGUGUGUGUGUGUGUGUGUGUGUGUGUGUGUGAGUGUGUGUGAGUGU